AUGACUAUCAUUGAAGCUCCUGAAGGACUCAUGGUGGUAGAUCCACUUGGCAGCUCCGAGCCUGCCAAGAUAGCAUUCGAACUGUAUAUGACGCAAGUCGGUCCCCAUACCGGCGCCAAUCUAACACUACACAGUGUCAUUUUCACACAUUCUCACAUCGAUCAUUUUGGCGGAGUCCUCGGGCUCGCACCAGAGGAAUCCUUUACUAACGGAUCCAUUCAAGUGGUUGCCCCUCUAAACUUGAACUAUAUGGUCGCCGGAUCGAUGUUCCGACGUGCGUUCUACAUGUACGGAAACCUUAUCAAACCUCAUGCCCGGGGCUCGAUCCACGCUGGACUCGCAUUCGGAGCUGCCAACUCACAGUUUGGCUUCGUGGCACCCACCAUCUCUAUUGACACUGAUCUCGAGCACCAUACAGUGGCUGGACUGGAUUUUGAAUUCAUGCUGACUCUGAGUACUGAAGCACCAAGUGAGAUAUACUUCUUUGUGCCGGAGUUGAAAUUACUUAAUACGGGUGAAAAUGCUGUUAUGGGUAUGCAUAAUUUCUUAACGCCCAGAGGUGCGAAAGGUCGGGAUACUAUGAAGUGGGUUGCGGCGCUCCAGAAGACCUUAGAUCAUUAUGGUACCAAAGUGGAGAACAUGAUUGGACAGCAUCACUGGCCUAAAUAUGGCAAUGCUGCUGUUGUCGAACAUCUCGAAAAUUAUCGUGACACUAUCAAGUUCACCCAUGACCAGGCUGUUCGUUUGCUGAACUUAGGCCUAGGUAUGGAAGAGAUCGGCGAAACAAUCGAGUUGCCAGCCUCAUUAGAUUCUAACUUCAAUACUCGUGGUCACUACGGACAUCUUAAACACAACUCCAAGGAGGUAUAUCAAUUCUAUGUUGGCUGGUGGGACGGUAAACCCGCUACCUAUCAGCAACUUCCUCCGGUCGAGCGUGCACAGCAGUAUGUUGCCGAUAUGGGAGGAAAUGCAGAAGUACGAAAGAGGGGCGAGUGGCAUCGUGACAACGGAAACUACAGAUACUGCGCAGAGAUCAUGAAUCACGCGCGUUUCAACGAUCCCACGGAUAUGGAAGCAAAGUACCUGAAAGCUGAUUGUUUGGAGCAGAUCGGCUACAGCGAAGAGAGUGGGCCUCGCCGCAAUUAUAUGCUGACUGGAUCUGAAGAGUUACGACAUGUAAAAGGGGCUUACCCACCCGCUGACCUUGGACCAUCGUUUGUUUUGAAUAUGCCAUUGUACAUGCUUCUCCAGGGUCUGGAGAUUCGAAUCAACCCCGAGCAAGCCAACAAAGCGCACGGAUUAUCGAUCCUGGUCGGUGUUGAAGAAACCAACGAGAUAUUCAACGUUCGUAUCUCGAAUGCGGUCAUGCUGUCGCUGCCUAUCACCGACAUGAAUGCGCGCCCUGGGUCUACGGCCAGUUUCACAGCCAAAACCAGAUCGGAUCUCAUCGCUGCUCUGGUCACCGGAAACUCUUUGCUAGUCAGUGUGACUGGUGAUGUUGAUACACUCAAGAAGUUUGCUAGUUGCAUAUCCACCGAUGAAGACGCAACUUAG